AUGGAUUUCUUCAAGGUAUCAAAGAGCCCGAGCCAACAAUCGGGAGCCACAGCGACACCUCGACCGAGACGCGGCAGACCUAGCGGCGCAAACCGAACUCCUCUGUCACUGCAAGAAAGACGUGCACGCAACGCUUUCUAUGAACGGGAGCGGCGUGAAAACAUCUCGAAGGCCACAGAGGAACUUAUUACGGUUUUAGGGUGCGCAUCGAAUACAUCGCUGGGUGAUCUCCUCGGAUUGGCUGUGACGGCAAUCAGCACCGCAAAAGAAGAACAAAAAUUAAGGGAAAUUAAUAUAAAAUUGAAGGCCCAACUUGCCAGUUGUGUGGAGAGGUUAGGAUUAGAAUACAUAAGCGGUGGCAAAGAGAAGGUGGAGCUGGAUGAACCUAAUAAACGGAAACGUAAACUGCCAAAACAGUUACCUGCACCGCCACAACCAGAACCAGAGGAGACGGAGGAAAUUGACGUAGCUGCUCUUUUCUCCCAAGAUCAAUUGCAGCUGAUAUACGCUGCAAUUGACGCAGACAUUUCCUCCUCGGCGGUGACUUCACCACCGGCAGAGGUGCUGCAGCCACCGCCAUGACC